GUCCAAUCCAAAAACAUUCUUUGUUCAAUUAAAAAAAAUAAAAAUUCCAAAAAUAUUUGUUCGGGUGAUUCCAAUCUCACUAAACACAGGUUCAGAUCUUUCACAUUAAAUUACAGAGCUUCUGAAUCCUUGUUACUAGCUGGGUAAUGCUCGUACAAUGCAUCUGAAUCACUUUCACCAAUUGACUAUAUUACUAAAGGGUUUCAGAAUCAUUUGCUGCAGUUGGGUAUACUGCUAGGGCUUGGAAUUCAUUCCACCCAGUUGGAUAUGUUACAAUAGGUCUCCUGAAUCGAUUUCAACAGUUGUGUAGACUGAAAUUGGGCCUCAGAAUCACUUUCACCAGUUGUGUAUUACUGAUACAGAGCUUCUGAAUCGGUUUCACCAAUUAGGUAUAACACUAUAGGGUUUGUGAGUCAUUUUCUCCAGUUGCGUAUAUUGAUAGAGAGCUUCUGGUUCACUUUCACCAGUUGGGUGUAUCAGUGUUGGACUUUUGAAUAUCUUUCAACAGUUGGGUGUACGGGUAAAAUCAUCAUGAGCAUAGCUACGAAGCCUCGUAUUGCUAUUGUUGGCGCAGGAAUGGCGGGCCUUUCUGCUGCGAAUAGGCUAAUCGAAGCGUGCAGAACCAGCGACGGUUCAACCCCCUUCGAUCUUGUUGUUGUAGAAGCAAGCAAUCGAGCUGGGGGAAGGAUUCUUAGUGCUGAAUUCCACGGUGAGAAUGUGGAAUCAGGUGCUACAUGGAUUCAUGGCAUAGAAGGAAGCCCCAUCUAUGCCAUUGCGAAGCAGAUUGGUGCUAUGAGUGAUAAAAGCAAGCCAUGGGAGUUCAUGGACGGUCUUCCUUUGGCUACUCCCGCUAUUGCUGAAGGUGGAUCGAUUGUUCCUCCUACUGUGGUUGCUCCGAUGGUGAGUUAUUAUAGGCAUUUUGUGUCUGCGGUGCAAAAACAGUCCCAAACUGAGAUAAAUUUGGCAGAUGGUGUGGAACAGCACAAGAUUGAGGAAUUGAUUACGGAUUGUAGAAGCUUGGGAGACUAUUUAAGAAAAGGAUUAGAUAAAUAUUUGGAGGAAGCUGCUAAGAAGAAUCAAUCCCAAAUUCCUUCCCCGUCUGCUAUUAUCGCAGAGCUUGGACCGUUUAGCAAUGGGGAGCGAUCUUUUGGGGCACCCAAUUGGAAUUUGAGGUCGUUGCAGAAGGCUGUGUUUUCUACUCAGUAUAAUUUGGAGAGAUGUAUAACUGCUGCAGAUGGUUUGGAUAAUGUUGAUUUAGAAGCUUUCGGGGAGUACAGGGAGUUUCCAGGGAUGCAAUUGCCUAUACCUAGGGGCUUUUCUAGUGUGGUGAAUGAACUUGUAAGUAAGCUUCCUGAGGGAAGUAUAAUGUUUAAUGCUAGGGUUGAGAGGAUUGAGUGGUGUUGUGACGGGAGUAAGCCUGUGUUGCUAAAAGGGCCUGAUAUUGAGGCUGAUCAUGUGAUUUUGACUGUUUCAUUGGGUGUACUGAAAUCUUGUAUAAAAGGUUGCAAGAAGAAUGAUGUUGAUAGUGGAAAGGAUGAGGCAGAUGGCCUUAGUUUUGGCGGAUUUCAACCUCCGUUACCAUCAAGAAAGGUUGAUGCAAUCAGUAGGCUUGGGUUUGGGGUGGUAGAUAAGGUGCACAUGCACUUCAGUUCUAGUGUUUCAGAUGUACCAAGCAUCAUAUUUGUAUUUCGAAAACAACAAAAUAGUGACUGUGAUGAUGAUUGUGAAACUGGAGGUAUUCCAUGCUGGAUGCGGAAGACAUACUCCAUGACGCCCAUACAUAAUAAUUCUAGAAUUGUUGCAUCAUGGCUUGCGGGAAAGGAAGCAAUGCAAAUGGAGUCCUUGUCAGAUCAAGACGUCAUCCGUGGGAUGCUUAAUACUCUCUCUGCGUUUGGUUUCAAUCCUGCGAAGGACAGUGACAAUGCCGAGGACAAAAUGCCUGUGAUUGAUGCUGUUCUUAGAAGCAAAUGGGCUACACAUCCUCUGUUUUGGGGGUCUUAUAGCUAUGUUCCUCUAGGUUCUUCAGGUGAAGAUAUUGAACUACUAGCAGAGCCAUUGCCGUAUCCUGAGGAUCAGAACAAGAAGCCUUUUCAGAUUCUUUUUGCAGGGGAGGCUACUGAUAGGAACUAUUAUUCAACAACUCAUGCUGCCUUUUUAAGUGGAGUCAGAGAAGCAAACAGGUUGCUCAAACAUUAUAACUUACCAUAGCUGCGUUUGGUUCAUAUUUACUGUUAUUCCUUUUGAAAUAGGAUGUAAUAUCAGACUUCAAUAAUAUUAUGUUAGAAUUUAAGAUU